CACAUGAAAUUCAACAUCUUUUGUUCCUUUCCUCUAUUUUGCAUUAAAGAUUCCAAUAGAUACAAUUUCAGAUAAAGUGAGUAAAAAGGGUUUUACUGCUCCUCUUUACCUUUCCUUGUCAAAAAGUUAGUCCUCUCAGGUCUGAAGAGUUAAAUACAUGGAGAGAUCCAUCAUUUAGAGGAUCUCUAGGGGCAGAAGCAGAAUUCAGGUCUGUCUUAUUCUUGCCCCUUGGGGCCUUGCUGUUGUUGUGAAGCUCUUGUGGGGUUCCCUUCCGCUUCAUAAAAUCUGUCAUAAGAUAGACUUCUUCAAACACAUAAAGGGAAGAAGAAAAAAAAAAAAAGGAACUGUGAGCUUCUGAUUCUAAGAAAGUUAUGUUAAGCAAUCUGAGUUUGGAGGAAGUCAAAUUCUGAUUAAAUAAAUUUCUAGUGAAAAGUUUCUUCUGAUUUGGACUAUGUAGGAAGUGAUUGAUGGAGGACAAGUAUAGUCUAAACAGGCAGAGGAGUGGAAUAUGGAAUUGCUUGAGAGAUGGAGACUUUGAAGAAGAAGAAGUUUGGGCUGUUUUCAAGGAAAAACCCGAUUACAUUUCUGGAAUUCACAAGCCAAGGGGAAAAGGAUCUUCUUCUCCUCUUGCUGUCCCUAGGACUCUCCCAAGUGCAGCAAGGAUGAUCCCAAGGACUAGUAGUGGCAAUAGUAGUACUAGUUCCUCUCAUGAAACAAAGGUUCUCCAGCAAUCAGCACCUCUCAACAUUCCUGAUUGGUCACAGAUUUAUAGGAACAAGUCAAACAAGACCACCCCCAAGAGUGUUUCAAGGUUUGGUGACUAUGAUGAUAUCUAUCAUUCUGUUAAUGAUGAGGGUGAUGUUGAUGGUGAUGGUGUUGUCAAUUAUGGUGGAGGGUAUAGUGAUGAUGAGGAAGAGGAAGAGGAUGAAUAUGAUACCAAGCUCCCCCCACAUGAGUUUAUUGCAAGAAGACUUGCAAGGAGUCAGAUAUCCUCAUUUUCAGUUUUUGAAGGUGUUGGAAGGACCCUCAAGGGUAGGGAUCUUAGCAAAGUGAGGAAUGCUGUUCUCACAAAAACUGGUUUCCUUGAAUCAUUGUAAAAGGGGUGUCCAUGAAUCAAAUUUGUAUUUGUGAUGUAUAGGGGGGGGGGGGGGGGGGUGCUUAGUUAUUGAGAUUGUGUGUUGAAUAUGAAAGAAUUCGUUUAGGCAUUUACCAUGAAAAAGCAAUGAUUCAGCUUUGUUGUGGCAAUUGAAAGUGGUUUGUUUGAAAUUUAUUGCAUGUGGUAUGUUGUUCCGAGCAUCCAUACAGACAAAAUGAUGGAUGUAUUAAGUAUUGUAAUUGAAUCAUAAAGCCAUUAAUCAUUUAGAAGUGCAGAAUUGUUUUUGAGACCAA